ACCGGAAAUAGAGUCCUGUUCUCCGCAGCUUGACGUGUAAAGAUAUUUCCAUGGAUCUGCAGCUUGAGUAGAGGAACUUGGGAGCACAACCGUAGGACCGUUUGGAGCCCUGAGUUUACCGAGCUAUGCAUUUCCAGGACUGGUUACAGUCACUUCGCUCAAGCGCUGGACUCAAAGCUUCUGAAUCGGAGGACUUCUGGAGUCUCCUGCCGUCCCGGCCGUCCUUCUCCCUGUCCUCCUCCUCUCUGCUGGGUCUCGGAGCGCUGGCGUCUCUCACCGCAUACUGGCUGGUGACCCGUCCUCGACCCAUGCGUCCUCCCUGUGAUCAACAAGCCCAGUCCGUCGCUGUGAAUGGAGAUCCCAGCUGCAGACGAUCGGCUCUCCUUAAAGACGACACACUGCUGGAGUUUUACUACGAUGACACCAGGACGGUCUUUGACAUGUUCCAGAGAGGCCUGAGGAUCGCAGGCAGCGAGCCGUGUCUGGGCUUCAGACAGCCGGGCCAGCCCUACCAGUGGAUCUCCUACACCGAGGUGGCUGAGCGGGCCCAGGUGCUGGGCUCGGGGCUGUUGGCCAAAGGCUGCCAGCCCAACCCGCAGCAGUUUGUGGGGAUAUUUGCACAGAACAGACCCGAGUGGAUCAUCUCGGAGCUGGCGUGCUACACCUUCUCCAUGGCCGUGGUGCCUCUGUACGACACCCUGGGCCUGGAGGCCAUGGUCCACAUCCUCAACCUGGCGGAGAUCUCUCUGGUGAUCUGCGACCGGGAGGAGAAGGCGGCGGCGUUGUUAGAGAACAAGGAGAAAGGCGUGACUCCGAAGCUCUCCUGCCUGGUUCUCUUCAACGAGUUCAGCGACGCGUUCGUGGAGAGGGCGAAGAACUGCACGAUAGAGGUCCUGAAGCUGGAGCAGCUGAUGGACCUGGGAAGGCAGUACCUCAAAGAUCCUGUGCCGCCCCAGCCCGAGGAUCUGGCCGUGGUUUGCUUCACCAGUGGAACCACAGGGAAGCCCAAGGGAGCCAUGAUCACCCACGGCAACAUCGCCUCCAACACUUCCUCUGUCAUUAAGAUCCUGGAGGUCUGUCUACUCUUCCACCUCCUUAUCCAACAGCAGGAUGUGUCGAUCUCCUACCUGCCGCGCCACAUGUUUGAGAGGAUGAUUCAGGUGUCUAUGUUCUGCCACGGGGCGAGAGUGGGAUUCUACCAAGGCGACAUUUCUCUUCUCAUGGAUGACAUUAAAACCCUCAAACCCACCUUCUUUCCUGUUGUGCCUCGUUUGCUCAAUCGCAUCUAUGACAAGAUCCUGGGUUCUGUGACCUCCCCGCUGCGACGGGCCUUGCUUCACUACGCUGUGAGGAGGAAGCAGGCAGAGCUCAGCAGUGGAGUCGUACGCAACAACAGUCUGUGGGACAAACUGGUGUUCAACAGGAUUCAGGCCAGUUUAGGAGGUAACGUGCGGUUCGCGUUGACCGCUUCAGCACCCAUCUCGCCCACUGUGCUGUCCUUCCUCAGAGCCACUCUGGGCUGUCUGAUCUUCGAAGGUUACGGACAGACAGAGUGCACGGCCGGCUGCACUUUCUCCAUGCCCGGAGACUGGAGCGCAGGUCAUGUAGGGGCUCCGCUGCCCUGCGCCAAGGUGAAGCUGAUAGACAUCCCUGAUAUGAACUACUUUGCUAAGAACGGAAAUGGAGAGAUCUGUAUUAGUGGCCCCAGCGUGUUCAAAGGUUACCUGAGGGACCCAGAAAGGACGGCUGAAGCCUUGGACAGCGACGGCUGGCUGCACAGCGGAGACGUAGGCCAGUGGCUUCCAAACGGGACGCUACGCAUCAUUGACAGGAAGAAGCACAUCUUCAAGUUGUCCCAGGGAGAGUACAUCGCUCCAGAGAAGAUAGAAAAUGUCUACAUGCGCUGUGUUCCUGUGCUGCAGGUGUUCGUGCACGGAGAUAGUUUACAGUCUUUUCUCAUAGGCAUAGUUGUACCUGACCCGGAGGUGUUUGUUGACUGGGCUAAAGAGCGAGGGUUUGUGGGAUCCUAUGAAGAGCUGUGCCAGAAUCCUGAUUUAAAGAAAGCAGUAAUAGAGGACAUGACAGCUGUGGGGAAAGAAGCGGGGCUGAAGUCCUUUGAACAAGUGAAGGACCUUUACUUGCACCCGGAGACGUUCAGCAUCGCCAACGGCCUUCUCACCCCGACUCUGAAGAGCAGACGCGUCGACAUCCGCAGAGUCUUUCAGGAACAAAUAUCAAGCAUGUACAGCAAGACGGCCAUCUGAAGGACCCCACUUAGUAACUAACACACACACACAAAGGUUAUUGGUGCCCAAUAACAAGGGGGAGGAGGGGGGGGGACCUAGGACAGGAAACUGGGAGAAGAAAGUUCAAAUCAAACACAUCCAACAGUGCCUUGCUCGUGUAUUUUUCUAAUCUGUACUGAACAAUUUCAUAAACCAGUGUAACCCUUCACCUGAAGUUAAACAAUUAACACUAACGAGGGUUUCAAGAAGCUGAUAUGUAAAAAUAAUAAUUGCUGAACUGUACAUACUGCUGAUAAUGAGAUUUGUGGACAGAACACUGACUAAUUCCAGUGAAAGUAAAACUGAACAGAAAUAAAGAUUAGUACCUGA